AUGGGACCAGGAAAUUUGAGAAAUCGUCCCCAGGAGAUCUAUUUCGGGUUGGAUUUAUGCGAGCUGGAACACACCGAAGAAGCUGAACAACGGCUGAGAGAAUGGAGCGCGCGCCCACACCAAGCCCGGGGAAGAAACGACACUACAAGAAUGUCCCUUUACAAAUCAACGUCAAUGGCCGUGUUGAGCGGCGUUUCGUCGGCGAUCGCCGAUUUAGGAUCGCUGACGAGAUUGGAGGACAAAAUCCGCCUUCUGCACGAGGAUUUGGAGACCGAACGCGAAUUGCGCAACCGAAUCGAGCGCGAGCGUGCCGAUUUGUCCGUGCAACUCAUCUCGUUGACUGAUCGUCUUGAGGAUGCUGAGGGCACCACCGAUCAACAAAUCGAGGCCAAUCGCAAACGCGAAUCCGAAUUGACAAAACUCCGAAAGCUCCUCGAGGAGUCCCAGGUGGAAAGCGAAGAUGCGAUGUCUGUGUUGAGAAAGAAGCACACCGACUCACUCCAAGACUAUCAAGACCAAAUCGAGCAACUUCAAAAGAAAAAUGGAAAAUUGGACCGUGAGCGUCAAAAAUUGCAACACGAAGUGAUCGAGUUGACUUCAUCGAUCGACAUUCUUCAAAAGGACAAACAUAUGGCCGAGAAAGCUGCCGAGAAUUUCGAGCGUACCUCCAUCGAGUUCAGAAACAAAUGUGAUGACCUUAACAAGGCUUUGGACGACGCUCAACAGCAACGCCAACGUCUCCAAAAUGAGAACAACGAUUUGUUGAAAGAGGUGCAUGACCAAAAAGUCCAACUCGACAACCUUCAACACGUCAAGUACACCCUUGCUCAACAACUCGAGGAGGCUCGCCGCCGUUUAGAAGACGCUGAGAGGGAACGCGCCCAAAUCCAAAACCAACUUCACCAAGUGCAACUUGAGUUGGACUCGGUUCGAUCGGCUUUAGAUGAGGAAGCACAAGCUCGCUCAGACGCCGAGCACAAGCUCAACUUGGCCAACACUGAGAUCGGCCAAUGGAAGACGAAAUACGACUCGGAGGUGCUCGCCCACCAAGAGGAGGUCGAGGACUUGCGCAAGAGGAUGCUCCAGAAACAAGCCGAAUACGAGGAGCAAAUCGAGUUGAUGUUGCAGAAAGUCGGUCAACUCGAGAAGGCCAAGAGUCGCUUGGCUGCUGAGGUCGAGGUGCUUAUCGUCGAUUUGGAGAAAGCUAACGGCACGAUUGCCAUCCUCGAGCGCGCCAGAGAAGCCUUGGAGCGUCAAGUGGUCGAGCAAAAGGUCCGAAUCGAUGAGCUCAACAAGGAGAUCGACGCAGUCACUCGAGAACUCCGCGCUGCUGUCGCCGAGGUGCAAAAGCUGAAAGCCUUGUACGAGAAAGCUGUCGAACAGAAAGAAGCUUUGGCAAGAGAAAACAAAAAAUUGCAAGAUGAUCUCCACGAGGCCAAGGAGGCGCUUGCCGACGCAAACCGUAAACUCCACGAGUUGGAUCUGGAGAACGCGCGUUUGGCCGGAGAGAUUCGCGAGCUCCAAUCGGCGCUCAAGGAGGCCGACGCUCAACGCCGCGACGCCGAGAACCGCGCCCAACGCGCCCAGGCCGAACUUGUCGCUCUUCGCGUCGAAAUGGAGAAGCGCUUGGCCGCUAAGGAAGAGGAAAUGGAAGCGAUGCGUAGGAAUCUCCAAUUCGAGAUCGAUCGCCUUGUCGCCGCUUUGGCUGACGCUGAGGCUAGACUUAAGGCCGAAGUCGCUCGUCUCAAGAAGAAGUACCAAGCUGAGAUCGCCGAGUUGGAGAUGACCGUCGACAACUUGAACCGUGCCAACAUUGAGGCCCAGAAAACCAUCAAGAAGCAGAGCGAGCAAAUCAAGGUUCUUCAAUCUACCGUUGAGGACGUGCAACGUCAAUUGCAACACACUUUGGACAGUCUGGCAACCACACAACGGAAGGUUUCGAUUUUGGCGUCGGAGCUCGAAGAGGCGAAGACCGCUCUCGACAACGCCAUUCGCGCUCGCAAACAGGCUGAGGUUGACUUGGAAGAGGCCAACAGUCGCGUGGUCGAACUCCAACAAAUCAACAACGGACUUGUUCAAGCCAAGAACUCGUUGGAGACUGAGUUGUCGACAGUGCAAGCCGAUUUGUCUCACGCACAACGUGAAUGGCAUGCCGCUGAUGAGCGCGCCAAUCGCGCCAUGCAGGAUGUGGCCCGCGCUAUGGAUCAACUCCGCCAAGAGCAAGAGCAUGCCGCCAAGAUUGAUGCGUUGAGGAGAGCUCUUGAGGAACAAGUGAAACAAUUGCAAGUGCAAAUCCAAGAGGCCGAAGCUGCCGCACUUUUGGGAGGAAAGCGAGUUAUUGCCAAGUUGGAGACCCGAAUUCGCGAUUUGGAGACAGCUUUGGAUGAGGAAACACGCCGACAUAAGGAGACCCAAACCUCACUCCGCAAGAAGGAACGACGAAUCAAGGAGGUUCAACAAUUGGUUGACGAGGAGCACAAGAACUACGUGAUGGCUCAAGACACCGCUGAUCGAUUGAUGGAAAAGAUGAACAUCCAGAAGAGACAAUUGGACGAGGCUGAGGGAGUCGCUAUGUCGAACAUCCAACGCGUUCGCAGAUACCAACGAGAACUCGAGGAUGCCUCGGGAAGAGCCGACCAAGCCGAGUCUUCCCUCACCCUCAUCCGCGCCAAGCAUCGAUCCUCGAUCAAUGUGCAACGAGCCGCUUCUUCAGCCAAUAUCUGGGUCGCGGACAAAGAUUUC